AGUGACCGCGUUGGUCCACCAUGGCUACGGGCUUGGUUGUCAUUGCAAACAGCGAAAAUGGUUUUAACUAAAACAAAUGCGUCAUUCAGGGUCCAUAUGAGAAAAUUACCUUCGCGAAAACCAAAAGCUUCGGGUGUGACGGACCGCACCAGCAAAAAGUUAGAGUAUAGCGUUCAGGUCAGCUUGCGGGACACUGGCGAAUUAUUCACAGUGCAUAAAUGUCGGGGUCGUACGAAGAUCUGCGAACUGAAGACGGCGCUGGAGUUAAUAGCCGGGAUACCUUCAGACUGUCAGAGACUCAGCUACCUGGACCAAGGUGAUUUGGUAGAUGAAUCUACGUUCAACUUUAAUGGCAUCAUUGCCAGGAGUAUCAUCACCAUGAUGAUUUGGCCAUACAAUGGUUUGCCAGCCCUGGUGAGAGCCGCUGUUUCUGGUGACAUUUGCAAGUUGAUGAGCAUCCUGGGCAGGUCGGACUCCGCUGGUUCUUCUCAGCCGCUUGGCACCAGCCUGCCAUCGCCCUGGCCCUCUCACAGACUCUUCCCUGCCCUCUUUGUCAGCACCCAUCGUGGGAAGAAGGCAGCGGUGCAGUUCCUCAUAGCAAAUGGUGCGUGUGUGAAAUCCCAGACUCCCCAGGGGCGGACUGCCUUGCACGCGGCUGCAUACCAGGGCUGCACUGAGUGCAUCGACAUUCUGGUGGCCGCUGGUGCACCGGUGCAUGUGCGGGAUCUCGGUGGCGUAGCACCCAUCGAUGCCGCCCGGCAUGCGGGUCACCAGACGAGUGUGCGGCUGCUGUCCCUGUCCCGCUGGCAGGAGCGGACGGCGGAGGCGCGACCCAGGUUCCACCUGGAUCCCUCAGAGCUGUUUGCCCACCAGCACUUCUGCUCGAACCUGCGGACGUGCCUCUGCGGACCCCAGGCUCAGCGGUACAUGGCUCAGAUGCGGAGCAGGGGCCGAGAGCCCAGGUCCCAGCUGUGCCCAGUUGUCUCCCAACAUGGCAAGCGGCACAGGCUGCAUCAACAGCACAGCCAUCUGUGCGAGGAGCUCCGUGCUACACAAUAACAUGUACAUGUCUAGCAGAUGCUUUUGAUCAAAGUAAUGCACAAAAGAAGUAGAUCGCACAAACAUAGAUCAUUUCAAGGAGUCAACUGGGCAUAAGUGCAGCUAGGCUGAGCUUCCAAUGAAUGCGCAGGAGCAAGCAGCAUAGGAGGGAGAGCUGCACGGCAUCUUCCAAACAAAGCAAGAGCCUAAUGAGAUUAUCGAACGCCCAGAAUUGCAACCUAAUAUUCAAAGAAGGUAAAGAAACAUCAGGCCGGUACUAAAUUUCAUAGAACAGAUGGAUCUUGAAGUAUUUCUUGAAGGUGGAGAAGUGGAGAUGCGAUUGGAUGACGAGAUGUGGUUUGGCAGCUUAUUCCACCUUCCACGAAUCACAGAAGAGCGAGUCAAUAAAUUAACCCCUUAUCCCCCUUUCCUGACUAUUUCAGAAACGUUCUUUCUCAGGUCUCCAGGAAGUUAUUUUCAUCGUAUCAUGGUGCGUUGCUUUUCGAGAGCCCUUAUCCAACUCCACAUUGCUGGAAUGGUUCUGUUUGAUGAUGUGUAGAUCUCAAAGGCUGGCAGUAUUCCAGUUUGGGUGUGUCUCCUUUAAUCUGUUAUCAUUUGGAUUUGGUUCAUUGAUUGACUGAGUGACUAGAUAACUAGAUAACUGUCGCAUGAGUGAUAGUGGGUGUUGGUGAUUUUUUUUCCCCUUCAUUGAAUCAAAUGGUCAUUUAAAAAUUGUGCUGUAUUUACUCCUUUGGAUUAUGGGUAAUUUGUUUGGAGAUCCAGACGAUUAAACGUUAUUGAUAAGAAUUUAUAGAGUAUGUUUCGUAAUCUGGGAACAGUGUCCACACUGAAUCAUACAGUAUGACCAUCGUCAACAUAUGGCGACGUAAAAACGUCACUUUGUUUAGAAACUGUUCUUCCUAUUCAGGAAUGAGGUAUUUAAUAAAAGAUCUGCCCAGUUA